AUGCCACUAAAAAGUAACGAAAGAGUUUGCUGCGAUAUUUGCGAGAAAUGGGUCCUUCAAAAAGGGCUGUACAGGCACCUGAUGGGUGUCCAUCAGCACACCGAUGAACAGAUUGACCGCAUGAAAAGGGAACGUCGAGAGGCUCAUCCAGAGGCAUUACCAGUGUCCUGCCGAUUUGCGAUGGCAAAAUCGUUGACCACGAGACGCUUGCGAAUCACAGUGGUCAAGAACAUAGUCGUGACGGCGCCAAUGGAACAGAGCAGGACUAUACCAUUCAUUCCUUGCAAUUCUCCACGAAGGAUCACUUCAAGUGUGAAAGGGUGCUUUGGGCACGCAGGACAUGACGUUGAACCUGCACUCUUACGUUUAUCGGAGGAUCAAAAACAUUACUUAAAAUCCUUGUUGGAAGGUGAUUUGAACCCAUAUUACUGUAUCUUUGAUUCGCAGCUGCAUAACGCAACUUCAGAUCACUCACUGGAUUAUAUUAUUCGUCGCGUCAGAAGCGACUUUUCGCCAAAAACGUCCAGGCUCCACUUCGUCACUAGAGGGGACCUUUGGAACAUAAUUGAGAAGUAUGGCAUGAGACCAGGAUUCCGCGAUAAUAACGAUCUGGUAUCUCUACAACUACGCGCUGAUGAAAACAAUCCAGAUGAUGGAAUCCGGCUCCUAGAAACAACACAGGACCCGACUGGGAAAGGAUUUACUCUGGUAAUUAUCACGCCGACACAACUGGAUUGGCUUAAAAAGUUCUCCAGCCGCGGCAUAUCUGUGGACGACACGCAUGGUGCCACAAGGUACAAUUUGAAGUUAGCCACUGUUAUAGUGGCAGAUGAACGUGACAGAGGGCUUCCAGCCGCAUUUCUCCUUAGUGGUACCAUGACCACUUCUGAUGUGGAGAAAUUAUUCAAGGAAGUUAGAAACUUGAUGCCGAACUUCAAUCCAAGUCAGAUUGUCACGGAUGAAGCGCCGUGCUUCAUCAAAGGGUUUCAAUCCAUAUUCCCCAGGUCGAAGGCGGCGCCGCGCUUCUGUCGCUGGCAUAUAAGUAAGACUUGGGAGAGAAAGGCCAGGGAGCUGGUGCAGGGUUGCAUGAAAUUUUAUCAGGGUCCACUCCGGAGUCGCGUGUUGAAGGAGCUCAAUGAUUUGCUGAAGAUUGGCCAGCUAGAACCUUUUAUGUUGAAGUUUGGAGAGAUUUUGGCACUUCUUGACAGUGAAGACCAGCAAGAAAUGGCGCAGUAUUUAAGGACAAAUUAUUUAGGCAAGCUAAUUAAUCGCAAUGAAUUCGUUUAA